AAGUGUUUAGGCUUGUGGUGGGAUAAACAAGCCCAUGCUCUCGCGGGGUAAGGGCUGCUGUCUUUAUUACCUCUCCGCGCCUCACCACCAUGAAGAUUAACAAGAAGAAGCACAGAGUGACGGCUUCGGGGGCUUCUAGUGGCUUCAAGUCCAAUAUCAAGGGCAGGAAGCAACUGAGAAUGCAGAGAAGAUUACAAAAGAAGCAGAACCGAGCUAUGUGGUUUAGCAACCGGGGCAAGGCGGCGACAGGCGACAUGCAGGCCAGUAAAUCCAUUAAAAACACCAAAAUUAAGCAGUUACAGACCAUGGUUGAGGCUGAGAAGGUUAAGAUGAAGAAGGGGAAGACUGACAGGAAUGAUGACAAUGAGGAUAAUGGUGUGGAAGAUGGAGAUGAAGAAGUAGAUGGUUUCUGCCCCUCUGCAGCCGCUAAGAGUGAACGAAUGGCAAGGUUACAAGAAUUCGUGAACCAGGAAGCGGGAAUUGGCACAUCAGGCACCCAAACAACACCAGAGGAACCCAAAACCAGCCAAGAUAACGCCAAUUUAAUCAAGGACACCCAAAAACUGAAACACCUACGCACAGAACAGAAGGAAGACACUAAAGAGAUCAAUAAAUUGGCUCGUCUUCUCCGCAUGAAUCAAAAUCAGAAGAAGAAAGUGGCGCCGAUAUUCGCUGACGAGUUUGGCAGUUUGCUUCAGGAUAUUGAGUGUGGGUCAAUGAGUCACUCUGAGGAUUAUAAAGUAGAAGGUGUAGAUGGUGAUGCGGAGUUUGAAAGAGACAUGGCUACAGCUUUAGGCAAGGAUUUGAAGAAGGGUAAGGUGAAAGGUGUCAAUGGGAAGAGGAGUGAAGAAGAGGAUAUAGAAGAGGAAGAAGAGGAGAGUGAUGAAGAAGAGGAUUUGGAGGAGGAGGAGGAGGAGGAGGAGGAGGAGGAGGAGGAUAGUGAAGUGACACAGAAAAAGAAAGGCAAAGUGAAGGAAAAAACCAAGAAAAUGAUAGACAAAGAAAAGGAAAACAAGAAUAAUGAACAAAAAAAGAAGAAAAUGCUGGAAGAAAUAGAUGCAAAGAAAACAAAACUACAAGAUGAUGAUAGACAGAAGAAGACAAAAAAGAUGCAGGACAUAAAGAAAACAAAAACCAGUAAAAUCAAGCAAGGUUGUGGUGGCGGUGAGUCGGCAGAUCCUGAGAACCGAUUCACUGCAAGGGACUUCAAUCCGUAUGGUGAAUUUAGUGAAGAUGAUGCGUAUUAUAAUGAUGAUGAUGCGUAUUAUGAUGAUAUGUAUGGUGAUGACUUUGGUGGUGAUGGUGAGAUGGAAUAUGACACAGGAAGAAAAAAAGUUAGAUUUUCCAACUUACCACUGAAAGAUGAUGAUGAUGAAGGCAAAGACGAGGAUGGUGAUAAUGAUGAUGAUGAUGAAGAUGAUGCCGAUGCCAAAUUUAGUGAUGAAAGUGAAGAAGAUGUAAAGAACAAAAGUAAAAUUUCCGACGAAGCUGAACUAGAAGAAGAAGAGGAAGAAGAUGGGAGUUAUCUAGAUUCAGAGGCAGAAGAUAGUGAUGAUGAUAGAAAAUUACACGACCCUUAUGAUGAAGAAGAGGAAGAAGAUGGCGGUUUCAUAGACUCACAGGCGGAGGAGGACAGCGAGGCAGACGAGGAGAGUGACGACGAUAGAGAGCUGAUCCACGACCCUCGCAACGAGAUAGAUUAUGCCUUUGAGGGCGGAUCAAGUUACAGUAAACCGGAGAUCCUUAAAAAUGGAAUGGAGAAUGAUAUAGAUAGGUACUCCAGCAACAGUGACGACGAUGUGGAUCUGGAGGAGUUUGUGGUGGAGGAUGAUGAUGUGGAAUAUGAAGAUGUGAGUGAUGAAUUGCCUGACGAGCUGAGCGAUUCACCGUCCCCACCGAAGAUGCGCAAAAAGAGGAGGAUAGUUGUGCAGAGUGACGACGAUAGUGAUAAUGGUGAGGAUAGUGACGGUAUUGCUGACUUCUACUACUAUGGUCGAGUCAAGAAUAAAGAAGCAAAAGACUCAAUAGAUAAAGACGGGGAAGCAAAAAGGAAAGGAAAGAUAAAGAUAACGAGGCAGAAGAUGGAAGAUUUGCCUGACUCUGACUCUGAUUCUCUCCAAAGCAACCCUGAGAAGAUGAUGGAAGAUGAAGAUAGUGAUGAAGAAAGUGACGAUAGUGAUGUGAUUCCUCAGAUAAAGACCAAAAAGAAGAUAGAAGAUGAGGAAGAGGAAGAUGAAGAAGAAGUGACAAAAUUGAAGAUGAAAAAGAAGAUAGUGGAUGAUGAUGAUGAUGACGAGGAGGAGGAGGAGGAGGAGGAGGAAGAUGAAGGCAAAAAAGAGAUAUCAAAAUUGAAGGCCAAAAAGAAGAUAGAUGAGGAGGAGGAGGAGGAGGAAGAAGAUGAAGGCAAAAAAGAGAUAUCAAAACUGAAGGCCAAAAAGAAGAUAGAAGAUGAUGAAGAGGAAGAUGAAGCUGAAGAGGUGAAAGAAUUGAAACCGAAAAAGAAGAUAGAAGAUAAUGAUGAAAAGGAAAAAGAUAAAGAGGUGAAAGAAUUGAAGGCCAAAAAGAAAAUGGAAGAUAACGAUAAAGAAAAUGAUGCAACAGGGGACAGUGAAGAAGAUGCCACACAAACUAUGACUAAAAAGAAAAAGAAGAUGGAAAGUGAAGAUGAUAAUGAUGCAGUGAUAGAAGAAGAUAGUGAAAAACCAAAAAUGAAAAAAGAUGAGAAGACAAAAGAAGAUAGUGAGAAUACUUUGAACACCAAGGCUAAGAAGAAGAAGAAAAAGAAGAUGGCUGAAAGUGAAGAAGAUGAAGGCAGCACCUCUACCACUGACUUAGAAGUACCACAAAAGGAGAAAGAAGAUGAUGGCAUGGAAGAAAGAAAAGACAAACUACAGAAGAAAAACAAGAAAAAGACGAUAGAGAAGAAUGGCAGUGACGAUGAUGGAGCAGUCAAAACAAAGGAAGAUGUGAGGAGAGUGAUAGGGAAAGGAAAGGAGAUGAGGGUUGAGUUAAUUAGGCAAGACUUAAAUAAUGAUAGUGAAGACAGUCCCACCAUUGACAACUUAGAUGCCACAGUGACCAAGAAGAAGAAGAAGAAGGAAAAGAUAGUGAAGGCGUGGACAGUGAUGUCAAUUAUAACAAUGAUCAGUGAAGAUGAUGCCAUUGUGACUGCUAAACUUAAAGAUCUAGAAAUGAAAAUGAAGAUGGGAAAGGACGAUGUUGGGGGCAGUUCCACCAUCGGGAGCAGUGAAGCCCCACAACCUGGAACUAAAAAGAAGAAGAUGGCUGCAAAAGACAAAACAAAGAUAACAAUAGAGAAUAAGGACGAUACACUAAACAUCAAGAAAAAGAAGAAGGGCAAAAAUAAUGAAAUAAACACCAAAUACAAGAUGGAAAUAGAUGAUAGUGAAAAUACAUCAACAAUGGACAGUUUAGAUGGCAAAGGAUUCUCAAAAACAGAUGAAAAUGAUGCGGAUGUCUCGACGGGUGACAAUGACAACAUAACACACAAUAAGCUCAAGAAGAAGAGGAAGAGGAAGGCAUUAAAAGACGACAGGGAGGAAAGCUCAACCCUCGACAGUGCAGAUGUGGAAAUCACGUCACAGAAGAAGAGGAAGAAGAGGGAGGGUGAUGAUGCACAGAUAAAAAUAGUGAGGGAGGAAGAUAAUGAUAGUGAAGAAAGUAAGAAGAGAAAUAUCGUUAGUGAUGAUGCUGAGGUAGAACAGACAAAGAAGAAGAAGAAGAGGAAAAUAGAUGAUGAUGAUGAUAACGACGACAAAACAACACAAAAGAAGAAACCCAAACAAACUGAGACAAAACUGGAGAAAACGAUGAAAGGGAAGAUGGAGAAGGAAGCAAAAACAAAAAAGAUAGAGACUAAUAAAAAACUGGUACCACUUCCUGAGAUCAGCAGUGUGGAGGAUGAAGAAGGGGGGGAGGAGGAGGAGGAGGAGGAAGAAAUGGGAGAUAUUGAGGAGGAGGAAGAAGAGGAGGAGGAGACAGAGAUGGAGAGCGAGGAAGAACUAGAUGAAGAGGAGGAAGAAGAAGAACUGGAAGAAGAGAGUGAAGGAGAUAUGGAGGAAGAGGAAGAUGAAGAAGGUAAAAUACAGAAGAACGAGGAUAAAACAGAGAACACAAACACAGAGGAACAAACACCUGAGGAACUGACUGAGGACAUCUAUGGACGAUUAAGAGACAAAGAAGGGAACAUAGUCACAGAGAGAGACAAAGGAGACGCUGGAGACAGUACCCGCUAUGUCCCUCCAGCCUUGAGAAAACUAUCGGCCCUUAACAGAAGCAAGGAGAAGAAAGAGCAACUGGAGGCCUUAAAACGCAACAUGAAGGGCCUUUUAAACCGCCUAGCCGAGAGUAACAUGGGUGGAAUUGCUGGAGAAAUAGAAGGCAUGUAUUCUAAGCAUGCUAGGAAUGAUGUGAGUGAAAUAAUGACGAGUUUGUUGAUGGAAGCGCUGGUGGGACCGACAUUAACGCCAGAGAGGUUGAUGCAGGAGUUGGCGGUGUUGGUUGCCCUGCUGUCUGCGAAUGUUGGUAAUGAGGUCGGCGCACACAUCUUGAAUGAAUUUGUGAUGAAGUGGAGUGAUGAGAUGGCUGCCCUGAGCCCUGACGCUGAGGGAGGCACUAAAGAGCUGGACAACCUGGUGCUCUUCAUCUCCUACCUCUACUGCUUCAAAGUGGUGGACGGAGGGCUCAUCUAUGACAUCUUACACCGCCUGGCUCAAGGGUUCUCUGCCAAGGAGGUGGAGUUAAUUCUGCUGGUUCUACGGAGUGUUGGCUUCAAUCUACGCAAGGAUGACCCUCUGGCGCUUAAGGCCCUCAUCACGAAGCUGCAAGAGAAGGCGGCAAGCAAGGGUGAGGGUGAGGGGACAGAGUACUCCCGCGUGACCUUCAUGCUGGAGACAAUACAAGCCGUGCGUAACAACAACAUGUCCAAACUACCCAACUAUGACCCAGAGCACACUGACCACCUCCGCCAGGUCCUCCGA